GGUGGUGGUGAUGGAGUAUAAAUGGAGAGGAGUCCUUCUGUUCUGCCUCACACCAACCAGCUCUCAGCUGCCCUACUACUGCUCCUCCUCUUCAUCACAGAGUCACCUCAUCCAUCUCCUCCUCCUCCUCCUCCUCCUCCUCCGACUUUACAAAUCUCCUCCAGCAUGGCGGCACUGUGGCUCCAGUCUGUCUCUCUGCUGGUCUUACUGAUCGUAUCGUGGCCGGGCUCCCAGGCCGUUGCGCCCCCGCAGCACCUGUGCGGCUCUCACCUGGUCGACGCCCUCUAUCUGGUUUGUGGGGACAGAGGCUUCUUCUACAACCCCAAGAGAGACGUCGACCCUCUGCUGGGUUUCCUCCCUCCGAAGGCGGGCGGAGCUGCUGCGGCGGGUGGCGAGAACGAGUUGGCCGAGUUCGCCUUCAAGGACCAGAUGGAGAUGAUGGUGAAGCGAGGCAUCGUGGAGCAGUGCUGCCACAAGCCCUGCAACAUCUUCGACCUGCAGAACUACUGCAACUGAACAGUGCUUAGCCUGGCUUUGUUUAGCCUAGCCUAGCUUAGCAUAGCUUAGCUUCUUGGCUACCUUAGCCUGAACCCUACUCCUCCACCUCACCCUUGCAUCAGAAGAGCGGCAGUGCUGUCCUCUCUCUGAAAAACCAACUGCUGUCAAAUGAAGUGCUGAGAAAUGGAUGAAAUUAUUUUUCCUAGAAAAUAAAGUUUUGUGAAUUGAGAGAAUAUCAA